AUGCCAGUACCAUUGUUACCUUAUGAUUGUAUAGUAAACAUUCUAGAAAAACUAGAGAAUGAACGAUCCACUCUUUAUAGAUGUCUCUUUGUCAAUCGUUUUUGGUGCACAUACGCUGUUCGUUUACUCUGGCAUCGACCAUUCUCAAGCUCGCAUCGAGACAAACAUUAUAUGAUUGUAAAAACGUACCUCUUGUUUUUCAAUGAAUCAGAACAGAAAAGUCUCAUACCUUUCAACAUCACCCUCGACUCUCAAAAUCAAAAAUCCUUACCUUUAUUUCCCUACGCCAAGUACCUGGAAGAAUUUUCUGAUCUGGAUUUCGGAUUGUCAAUUGAGGUUUUCUUGAACUAUAGUGAUGGUCAGAACAAUUGGAAUGAUCGCAGAGUAGAUGCCAUUUUGAUAUCCCUUUGGCGUAUGUUGAUGCGUCAAUGCGUGAAGAUCAAAUCGAUGAAAAUUAGGCCCAGCCUAUUUCUUUAUGGGUUUGAUGGACCGGACAUAGAGAACGUGAUGCACACUCGGUCAGCUUUUGAUCACCUGCGGGAAUUUGACUUUUAUGUGGACGAAUAUUAUGACGGGACCUUUUCUAGAACGAUCGACUUGAUUCAAAAGCUUCCGUCUUUGUGUUCAGGGAUUAAGAAGAUGUCAGUAUGCCUUGAAGAGGAUCCCGUUUACAACAUUGAAUUUGAGGAAGAGGCACACUGGAUAGCUGAAAUAAUUGGUGCUCAGCACAACAUCAGUGAUUUUAAAUUUUCAGCGUCAAAGAACAUGCGCACAGUCAAGAUCAUCUCGUCGGCGCUGGUGAAAAACGUGAAUCGGCUAACUUCAUUGUCAUUUGUCGGUAUAAGCUUUAACGGAAUCUCGUUGAAAUUGCUGUCGAACCUUCAGUGCUUGGAGCGACUGGCACUCUCCAUCUGUUCGGGACUCACACAGACACACAUACACUCCUUUCCUCAAACUCUGAGACUUCAGGAGUUGAGGUUGGACAGAAAUGAAUGGGCGAAUGAGGUGGACGUCGGAUUAAUCCAAAAGUGCAAGUCAUUAUCAAAAAUAAUAAUAAAUAAUCUCACGACGGAGAAAAUUGCGGCGGCUCGAAAUUCGACCAAUAUCACGGACAUCACCGUCGAGAUGAAGUCGGCCAGUUUCUUGGAUGAAUUUUUCGAAUGGAUUCGACGAUACAAAAUGUUGGUGAAACUUCACGUUAAAAAUAGCUAUUUUGAAGGUUGCGGAUUAUUCAUUAGGUCCCUCGGAGAGAUUUUGCCGUCAUCUCUGAUAUACCUUGGUUUAGUCUGCGAGAUCAUUGGACCCGAGGAGUUGUCGGAAUUCUUUAGAAAGUGCCAUGCUCCCCUGGAGACAUUGAUCAUCGCGCUCGACCCGCUGGGCUACGAGCACCUUUCUGUAAUUGAAGAUUUCGUUACAACGAGUCAUUCUUUGAAAUUGUUGAGCCUGUCUAAUCGAUCAGAUAGCGAAAUCUGGGGAUCCCGAGAAUUGGGGGUGAUAGAAAGGAUUAAACAACAUGGAGUUGAAAUGUUCGACUAUGUCUCUUACAAUCACCAUCUAGCAGGUUGUUUUCUUUGA